UUCUAAGUUUCAAGGGUUUCUUUAAUGGGACCUUAGCAUUCAUUUCUCUUAUUUUCAUGGCAAAAAAUAUCAGAGCUUUAAUCUUUCUAAUUUAUGGAAAUUUUUUCCCUUCCUUUUGACCCAUUUUCCAGGACAUAUUUCUAAUUCAUUUUUGAGGUUCUGGAAAUGGACGACGAGCUCAAGAAAGGGGAGAGUCAUAUCACAUCAGCUGCAGCUUUUGUGGAAGGAGGAAUUCAAGAUGCCUGUGAUGAUGCGUGCAGCAUUUGUCUGGAAGCUUUCUGCGAUAGCGAUCCUUCAACGCUAACAAGCUGCAGGCACGAGUUUCACCUCCAGUGCAUCCUCGAAUGGCAUCAAAGAAGUUCUAAUUGUCCAAUGUGUUGGCAGCCUUUAAGUCUGAAAGAUCCUACAAGUCAAGAAUUGCUUGAGGCAGUGGAACAAGAGAGGAAUAUUAGGUUUAAUCAGGCAAGAAACGCUACGAUGUUUCGUCGUCCUACUCUGUUGACCACGGGUAUGAGUGAGUCUGAACUCGAAGAGCGCAUUAUUCAGCAUUUGGCUGCUGCUGCAGCAAUGGGACGGGGACGCCACUUUGGUCAACGAGAGGGAUCAAGAAAUCGGCCAUCUCCCCAUGGUCGUCCGCAUUUUUUAGUGUUUUCAUCUCAUCCUGAUCCAUCUCCUACUGCUGCUGCUGAGUCGGAUUCUCGUCAAGCUAUAGCUGAUCCUUCUGUUCCUAUAACACCUGUCCGCCGUGAGACUGCACAGUUCUUGCCUCACCUCUCAUCUGGUCAAAGUAAUCAACUUUCUGCUUCAUCAUCUCGAUAUGUUCGCCCACAAACCGUUAAACAAGAAAUAUCUGUUGGCGAUAGAAGCUCUUCUGGUCCAUCUUUGACAGAAAACGAGGAUACCGAAGGACCAUCAGACCUUCAUUCAUUAUCGGAAUCCUGGAAAUCUCGAUUUAAUUCAAUGUCAAUGAAAUAUAGAGAAUCAAUCUCAAAGAGUACACGCGGGUGGAAGGAGAGAUUGUUUUCUCGAAGUACUUCUAUGGGACAGCUCGAGACACGGGAAAAUCAAACGGACAUACCUUCAAACGUUGAGCAGAGACACAACGAUGAUAUGGUUGCUCAUAAUGGAAGCAGAUUGAACGGAAAUAUUUCUACGACUUCCUCCGCGAGUACAGCUCGGAAUUAAGUCAUUAUUUAAUCAGUUGCAUGGCAAUAGUCCUCAGCAUUUCAUCUUUGAAAAGUGGCGGAUUUAGACUAGACGCAACGGGCUCUGCUAGACGCCAAGACUCAUAUGCGUCUAGCUCGGAGUAGAUUAUAGGUUUUUCAGCUCAUCAAUCUUCAAAUAUGAUAUGCAAGGACGACAACAACAACAACAAUUACGCCUUAAUCCCAAACAAGUGGACGAUUUACUAUUUUUUUUCGUGUCGAAUAUACAUUGUCUGAAAUGGAUAGCCAGAGAAAUGUUUAUAGUGUGUAAAUUAAAUAUGAGUUGAAUGUUAAAUUUCACUAAAAUUUGGCACCAAGGAGUUUGUCUUGAAUUUUUCACAUUAUAUACAUAAUACAAAUUGAAAAAUUGA